AUGAUUGCAGUCAAGCAUGGAAAUAUCAACCCUCCACACCACAGCAAAAAUGAUACUCCCCAACAAGCGGCCCUCCGCUGGUCAAACGUCAUUCAACACCCUCGGCAAACCGCUUGGCCAUUCAAUCUAGUACAGACACCUGCGCACAAUUUGAAACUAGUCUUCAAAUUUCGACACUCAGAGAGCCAUCAGUUCAUGAAAUCAAUAAAGGUGGUAGUUUGGCACAAGAAAAUUGUUGCUGAAAUCAGAGGGCGAAGACAUGGAGUCCACGAUUCCCAGAGCUUCUCCCAUGUGUCAAUCGAUGACUAUGAAUAUAUUGCGGAAGCCAUCGCCGGUGAUGAUGAUCGGUACAAUCUAUCAUACACCCCCUCGUCCUCACAACUCGUUGUAAUCCUGCCUAGCCCAAUUCACAAGAAUUUUCUGAUGCCGUUGCGCAAAUCCAUGGAUGCUGUAUUUGCGUCCAUGGGUAUCGCCCCAGAAUACGGUGAAUUCAUGAUCCAAAUGAACUCCACCCUUAACGAGCGUGGGACGUCAGGGUCCCAAGCGAAACCACUCGGCCAGCCUGACAUACUUGUUGAGUUCCACGAUAAAGAAAGCGGACGGCUACAACUGUGGGGAACUGAGGUGUCCUACUCUGAGACACGAGAAGAUGUCUUAUUCAAACUCCAAGAUUACGUCGACGGUGCCCCGAAUAUUGUCGCCCUCACGUUGUUCAAUAUCAAGGAAAAUAUACGACACUUACCGCCAAAGGAGUCAUCAAAGACGUUUGAUACGUUGAAUGAGGUGGAGUUAGUAGUGCCAUUCCACAAGUGGAUUCGCAAGUACAACAAACCAUUUCCCGGACCGGUCACCGUGUUUCGCCACAACUGGGUGUCCGCAGUUACAGUCACUGUCACUAUGUGGCUCCGUCGCCCUGCCGGACAACUUGAUCUGAAUGACCACAAUAAUGAGUUUUACCAAUGUGCGGAGCUGACUCCAAACGCUGACACCACCGGCCUUGCAAAUGUUCAAUGUUUGUUUCAACACACCCUGUUGAGAAUUUGGGAUACGACCCUCGAUCACAUUGAUCAGCUGGCAGCCGAGGAUGCUGCAGAGGAGUCUAGCAGUGACGAGUCCAACAGUGACGAACCCUCCACAGCCGUCAUGGACCCUUCACUACUGGCUUGUCGCACAUGGGUUCCUCCGGCGUUGCUCUUCGAUUGGGAGACGGUGAUGCCUUACUUGCAGAGGGGGUUGAAGCAGACCAGAUACGAUCGAUAUUCCUCUUGGCAUGAGAAUCUACUCAAACACAAGGCACUGGAGAUGGAAAAUUUAUCGGGUGGUGGAUCAACCAAGAGGAGCAGGAAGUAUCGGCUGUUGGAGUCCGAGCGAUCCACUGAGUCGUUGGCCGACAGAUCCGAGAUAGGAACGAUGAGGGAAUAG